AACAGUUUCUCCCGCUGAGACUUGACAGCGCCAGAUGUUUUGUUGUAAGAAACGCUAUUAGAAACAAAUUCCACAUUGCUCUCCAGGAUUACCUUACCAAUGGAUCUCGGGGAUUACAAUGGUUGACACAGAAAUGCCGUUUUGGCCCAUUAAUUUUGGAAUUAGUCCUGUGGAUCUGUCUGCAAUGGAUGAUCACACCCAUUCCUUUGACAUAAAGCCAUUCACCACUGUUGACUUCUCAAGCAUUUCUUCCCCACACUAUGAAGAUAUUCCUCUGGCGAGAGCUGAGCAGUCAAGCAUUGAUUAUAAGUAUGAUAUCAAGCUCCAGGAUUGCCAAAGUGCAAUCAAAAUGGAGCCUCCUUCCCCACCCUAUUUUGCAGAGAAGGUUCAGCUGUACAACAAACCUCACGAGGAGUCUUCCAACUCCCUCAUGGCCAUCGAGUGCCGCGUGUGUGGGGACAAGGCCUCGGGGUUCCACUACGGGGUUCAUGCCUGUGAGGGCUGUAAGGGCUUUUUUCGAAGGACAAUCAGAUUAAAGCUAAUUUAUGACAGAUGUGAUCUUAACUGCCGUAUCCAUAAGAAAAGCAGAAAUAAAUGUCAGUACUGCAGAUUUCAGAAAUGCCUCGCUGUUGGAAUGUCACACAAUGCCAUCAGGUUCGGGCGGAUGCCGCAGGCGGAGAAGGAGAAGCUCCUGGCAGAGAUUUCCAGCGACAUCGACCAGUUAAACCCCGAGUCGGCCGAUCUGCGAGCGCUGGCCAAGCACUUAUAUGACUCAUACAUCAAGUCCUUCCCCCUGACCAAAGCCAAGGCGAGGGCGAUCCUGACAGGAAAGACGACAGACAAAUCACCAUUUGUAAUUUAUGACAUGAACUCUUUGAUGAUGGGAGAAGACCAGAUCAAGUGCAAGCACGUGUCCCCUCUGCAGGAGGAGAACAAGGAGGUCGCCAUCCGCAUCUUCCAGCGCUGCCAGUUCCGCUCGGUGGAGGCCGUGCAGGAGAUCACCGAGUUCGCCAAGAACAUUCCAGGUUUUGUCAACCUCGACCUGAAUGAUCAAGUAACUCUCCUGAAAUAUGGGGUCCAUGAGAUCAUAUACACUCUCCUGGCUUCUCUGAUGAACAAAGAUGGAGUUCUUAUAUCUGAAGGACAAGGAUUCAUGACACGGGAGUUUCUGAAGAGCCUGAGAAAACCUUUUUGUGACUUUAUGGAGCCCAAGUUUGAGUUUGCUGUGAAGUUCAAUGCACUGGAAUUAGAUGACAGUGACCUGGCAAUAUUUAUAGCUGUUAUUAUCCUAAGUGGAGAUCGCCCAGGGUUGUUGAAUGUGAAGCCCAUUGAGGACAUCCAAGACAACCUGUUGCAAGCUUUGGAGCUCCAGCUGAAGCUGAACCACCCAGAAUCAUCACAGCUCUUUGCAAAAUUGCUCCAGAAAAUGACGGACCUCAGACAGAUUGUAACGGAACACGUGCAGCUCUUGCAAAUCAUAAAGAAAACUGAGACAGACAUGAGCCUUCAUCCACUCCUACAGGAAAUCUAUAAAGACUUGUAUUAACGACCAGAGUAGUUCUAAUCCGCUGACAUAAUGUAUGUUCUUCAGAUUGCACUAUUUCUUUGAGGGAAAACUUUGCAUACCUAAGAAAUUACUGUGAAACAGCAUUUAAAAAGAGAGAGCUUAGUAUAGUAGAUCUAUUUUAUGCAUAUUGUUUAUAAAGACACAUUUACAAUUUAGUUUUAAUAUUAAAAAUAUCUAUAUCAUGAAAUUGUUGGCAGUAUUUUCAGAAUUAAUUUUUUAACUAUCUUAUUUCUUAAAAUUGCUUGUCCAGUAUGAUUGAUGCUUCACUCAAGUUGGUUAAGCAUGCAGUUAAAUUUUCAACUAAAUAAAAGUCCUUCUCCUUGAACAUUUCUAGGGAAACAUUUUAAUAUUACAGUCAAUUUUGUGCUCCCAAGGCAGCAGCAAAAUAAAAUUGAGUCACAGCUUAGUGCAACUUCCUGUGAGAGUUUAAAAGGCAAAAGUUAGAAGUGUCAGGUGUGACAAUGUUUGUGCCUUCCGUGACAUGAUUUGACACCAACAGAGCUGUAAAGAGGGCUUGGUGGCAGUAAGACUUAGGCCCAUCAUUUGUGGGCAAACCCAAAAACUAGAUACUAUUUCAAGAAUUAAUUAAGGAAUAUGCACUACGACUUGGAAUAGGUUGGUACAAAAACUCUUGGCCUGAGACCUUCCCAAAUUAUUUGAUGAACUAUCACUGAACAACAUAGUCAAAAACAUAAUAGAAAGUUGGAAUAACGUGACUCCUCCUGAACAAAAACAAGAUUUGAAUUAAUUCUUGAGAAGAUACAGCUGUAGCAGAAACCCUGCAACGUGAGUUUGACUUCACUUGCAACAAGAAUGUUGCACUGCUGUUCACUGAUGUUCACUGCUGUUUAGAUUGUGAGUUUUCUUAUAUAUGUUGCCCUAUAAUAUCACCUGAGAAUUCCACUGGAGCAAAGCACAGGAGACUGAAUAAAUUUAACAGUAGGUAAAUUUGCUUACACUUAGAUUCACAUUUUGCUUGUCCACAUUUGAUAGUUUGAGAAUGUGACCCCCAAAGUCAAGCAGGUGUGGUCCACAGUGGUGAACCAGAAGAGGGAAUUUUGGGAAAAAAAGCCACCAAUUGUGACUUACAUAUCAAAGUAAGGAGCAGUCUUCAAUUGAAUAUCCUUGGUUUCCUCCACAUGUCCAUAUUUUAUUUAUGUAGCAAAAAGUGUGCCUUAAACUUAGUGAGACAAGUUGAGUGGGGAUACAUAAGUGGACAAAGAUGUAAUGUAGGGGUCUGUGUGAGUAGGAUCUUCAGGGAGUAUAAAUUGGCUUUACUCCCAAUGUAGACCUUGAAAAUAUAAGUAAGUCACUGCAAAUUAUGCCAUAAAGAAGCUGAGAGAGAUAAAUAUUAAAAUAAACUCUUCAGCUCAUGCCUUCUACACCUGGAAAAGUUUCCUACUCUUUAUUUCAGGUAACCUCUGGGCCUAUGGUCAGUUGUAAGUGUUAUGAGGGAGUUGGAUCAUUCAGCCUCAGGGUUUGAAGCCCACAGGUGACAUUGCAUUGGCAUGAAGUCACUGGGAGACCAAAGUGAACGGCUUUGUUCUUCCUGAGUGUGCAAAGAGCUCCUUUCAGGUAACUCAGACAGGAUUGCCCUGAAGCAGGUGGAGCAUUGCACGUUAAUGCUCAGGAUUGCAGGGUCUCUGCACAGUUCAAGACAAGCAAGUUGUGCCAGCUGAGCAUUGGAUCCUGACAGGAAUUCCAUGCACACUAAUUUAUGGCCGUUACAAUUCAAAAGAAAUUAUUCUCUCUCUUCUUUAAGUUAUUUUCCACUGGACGCUUGAAAAGUUGCCAUCUCUCACUUGGUGGGAGAACCUCUAUUAAAUCGCAGAGGUCAUUCCCUCCUGUAGGAGGACCUAUCAAAGAGGAACUGGCACUGAGGUGGACCACAGCUCCAACACUGAAUUCCUGUAAUAGUAACACACAGCAAAAACUGUUACUCUGAGCCUGCAUUUCUCAUACAAUCCAAUUUCCCACUGGCUUCAGUAGAAAUGGAAGUUCAGAAGCAGCUCCAAAGAAAAAACAAAGAAUUCUAGGGCAUGGUCUUUCAUAAGUAAUAUCAAAAAUUGUUUGAAAAGGAGGGUGGAAGAGAUGCUCUGACACUGAGUUCAGCACUUUGUUACAGGAAACAAAUCUGUGUAACCCAGAAGCUUCAUUCAACUAUUGCAAGGGGCAAUACUUUUGAAAGUGGCAGUUUAGCAGUGACAGUGUCUAAGCCAUUCACUCCAACAACCCAUAUAUUUGGAGGCUCGUGGUGUAAUCGUAGUCACAACAGUCUAGGAUGAAAGAGAAGACAGUUUUGCAGGAACAGGUGUUAUCCUUUGUGAGGAUGAAGGGACUGAAUGUCCCAAAGCCUACACUUUUCUUUCAACUGUAUAAGCUGCUCUAAUAAAAUAUAUUGCUCUCCCUA